AUGCACAUCAGCACAGACUCGGCGAAUGGCGUCUACUCCGUCUUCACGAUCGACGUGGACGGCGACGGCGACGUCGACGUCCUCUCGGCGUCCAACCUCGAAGACACGGUCGCGUGGUACGAGAACGACGGGUCCCAGGGCUUCACGCAGCGCAUCAUCACAACGCUCGCCGACUACGCCCUCUCCGUCUUCGCGAUCGACGUCGACGGCGACGGCGACGUCGACGCGCUCUCCGCGUCCUGCGACGACGACACGGUCGCGUGGUACGACAACGACGGCUCUCAGUCCUUCUCCGAACGCAUCAUCACGACGCUCGCGGACGGCGGCCGCUCCGUCUUCGCGAUCGACGUCGACGGCGACGGCGACGUCGACGCGCUGUCGGCGUCCCACGACGACGACACGGUCGCGUGGUACGACAACGACGGCUCUCAGUCCUUCUCCGAACGCAUCAUCACGACGCUCGCGGACGGCGCCUCCGCCGUCUUCGCGAUCGACGUCGACGGCGACGGCGACGUCGACCUGCUCUCGGCGUCCACGUACGACGGCGUGCUGGCGUGGUACGAGAACGACUGCGUGGCGUGGUACGACCACGCGCCCACGUCUCUCCCGACCCCCCGGCCGACAGCGUCUCUCCCGACCCCCCGGCCGACAGCGUCCUGCGCGAGCGUCGCGUUUUCCGAGCGCGUCCUCUCGACGCUGGCGGACGGAGCCUACUCCGUCUUCGCGAUCGACGUCGACGGCGACGGCGACGUCGACGUCCUGUCGGCGUCCCAAAAUGACAACACGGUCGCCUGGUACGAGAACGACGGCUCCCAGUCGUUCGUGGAGCGCGUCAUCACCGACUCGGCGGUCGUAGUCCGCUCCGUCUACGCGAUCGACGUCGACGGCGACGGCGACGUCGACGCGCUGUCCGCGUCCGUUUUUGAAAGCACCGUCGCCUGGUACGAGAACGACGGGUCCCAGUCCUUCACCGAGCACGUCAUCACGACGCUGGCGCAGUCAGCCCACUCCGUCCAUGCCACCGACGUGGACGGCGACGGCGACGUCGACGCUCUCGCGGCGUCGUACGGCGACGACGCCGUCGCGUGGUACGAGAACGACGGCUCCGAGUCCUUCGCGGAGCACAUCAUCACGACGCUCAGGGACGCCGCCUUCUCUGUCUACGCGAUCGACCUGGACGGCGACGGCGACGCGGACGUCCUCUCGGCGUCCUUCGGCGACGACACGGUCGCGUGGUACGAGAACGACGGAUCGCAGUCCUUCACCGAACGCCUCAUCACAGAGGGGGCGGCGGAGGCCUGCUCCGUCUACGCGAUCGACGUCGACGGCGACGGCGACAUCGACGCGCUCUCGGCGUCCAUCCUCGACGACACGAUCGCCUGGUACGAGAACGACGGCGGCGGAGCGUUCGUGCAAAUCUACGGCCACUGCGACGACGUCGUGUCCUUCGAGCGCAUCUGCCCCUCGAGCGACGCGACCUGCGGCGGCUGGACCGAUUUCAUCGUCGGCCAGGGCGGCGCGGGCGACAGCUUGGUCGCGUGUCAGGCGCGGUGCGUAGAGACGGGCUGCGACGGUAUCUACUUCGACGACGAGCACGGGUGCGGCAACUACGACACAACGUGGGCACGACGUUCUACGUCCGCUGGCACGCUCUGCGCCUGGAACGGCGUCUACGCCGUCGCGGCGGCCGCGUCGACGGCCGCGCUCGUCGCGCUCGCGGGCUCGCGCGGCGACGCGCUCCGCGCCGUCGGCCGCGCGAUGCUCGUCUACCUCGCCGCGGCCCACGGGCUCCAGGGGCUCGGCUACGUCGCCAUCGGGCGGAGAUUCCUCGCGCGGCUCGAGGUGAGCGCCAAGGGCAGCGAGCGGGUCCGCGCGCUGCGGGACCGCGUCCGCGCGCAGCUCGUCGUCACGGGCGCGGGGUCCCUCGCGAACGCGGCGCUGCUCCUCGCCGUCGUCGCCGAGGCGGCGCCGACGCCGCGGCGCGCCUUCCUCUGCGUCGCGCUCGGCCAGCGGGCCGUCGAGCUCGCGCUCGCGGCGACGGCCGCGUUCCUGGCUGUGUUCCUGGGCCUGAAGGUCGAGUCGGACGUCGCGCACGCGGUCUACGUGGCCGCGGGGAACGUGAGCGCGGCCGUGCGGCGGCGCAUGUCGUCCGCGGCGCCGGCGCUGCGGCGCCUCUCCGUCGCCAUCGGCGCCCGGCGGCCGUCCAAGCCGCCGCCGCCCUCGGUCGUCGAGUUCAACGCCAUCUUCGGGCGGAGCGCCUCGUCGACGCGCGACUUCGACCACGCGUCGCCCAUCUCGCCCGCGACGAGGGACUGCGGCGCGCCCGCGACGUGGGACUCGCCCCUCCCGGACGGCUGGGAGGCCGUCUACGACCCGGACUCGAAGUGCUACUACUACCGGAACGGGACCGCGUCCCAGUGGGAGCGGCCGAGCCCCGCGCGCCGCGCGUCGACGAACGACGCCGCGCCGCCCGCGCCCGGGGAGGCCGAGAAGCCGCGAAGCCGCACGUGCGUCGAGCGGCGCAUCUACCGCGUCUGCGUCGCCCCGCGGGCGGCCGCGGCGGCCGAGGCCGACGAGGGGUGCAGCGACGACGGCGACGCCUACAGCGUCCACGCGGCGGAGGCCGACGCGCUGUCGUGCCUGCUGCCGUCGCCGCAGCGGCCGCGCGUCAAGGGCGCGCGUUUGGUCGUCUUCGACCGGCCCGACGUCAAGUGGUUACGGCGCUGCUUCGCGUGGCUGUCGCCCAUCCGCCUCGCGCUCUGCCGCGCCGUGUCGCGCGACUGGGACGAGUGCUGCAGUAGCGACGACUUCUGGCGGGGCUUCUGCGAGCUCCACUUCCCGCCGGGGACGGCCGCGCUCCGCGAGGAGCUCUACGACUCCGACCACGUCGACACCGAGGGCCUCGACGCGUCCUACAUGAUGCUCUACCGCCUGCGGUCGAAGCUGCUGCCCCUGACCGUGCCGUCGCCGCCGCCCGUCGAGCGCCACAAUUUCGCCAUUUGGAAUCGCCCGUCGGCGCGGCGGACGACGCUCGCGGGCUACCGGGCGCUCGUCGAGCUCGAGGUGCUGCGCGCCGCGCCGGCGCCGUCGACGGUCGUCGUCGCGGGCGCCUUCCCCCUGGAGGUGCGGCCCUUCCGGCCCGUGGGGCCCUUCCGCCGGGAAAACGUCGCGGCGAAGCGCGAGACGGCGUCGAGCGACCGGAGGCCCGCGCGGCUCGUCGUCGACCUCGAGGGCGUCGACAUCCCCGCGAUCUCCCAGGCGGACUUCGACGAGAUCCGCCUGUCCGUGACGCUCCUCCGCGACCACGCGAACGCGCGCGACGGCAUCGUCUCGAGCCACACCGCGCUGGCCGUCUUCCGCGACGCGGCCAUGUGCUCUUUUGAUGUUUGCGACCACGCGCCGAGGUUCGUGAGCGACGUGCGCGGUGAGUCGACGCUCGCGCUCCUCGGCGCGCGCCACGUCGCCGAAUUCGACUGCUGCACGUGGUCGUCCUACGACGAUCCCGCGGUCCAACGGCGCCACCACGGGCGGGACGGCGCCGGCAUCUCGGGCCCGCGCUCCGACGACGCGGCCAUCGUCAACCUCGGCGAGCUCUCCUACACGUUCUUCCCGUCCGCGGCCCACGCCGACUCCGUGGACGUGGACGCUGUCUGGCACGAGACGCUCCCCAACCUCGCCCAGCUUCUCUCCAAGCUCGACUGGCACCACACCGCCCAGUCCAGCGCGCCACUGCAGUGGGACAAUUUUAACUGA